CGAGGAAGAAGCCCAUUCUGAUAACCAUCUCUGCUUAGCAUACUCAUUUAGACCGACCUUCCCAAAUGGCAAGCAUACCCCAUCAUGAAACUGAACCUUGGUACGCAGGGCGGGUUUAUGCCAGGUACUGGAAGCAUUACAGCCAGGCAAUGUAUUGGUUGUACAGACACAAAAGAGCAUACAGUGUGGCUGUGGCAUCUCUCUCCUAUCCACCUUGGUAUCCAGCUGUAAAUUAUCAGAACAGCCGAGGUUCUGAUUGGGAAGGUGGUAAAUUAUCUCAGCCUGACACCUACCCGAGGGCACACCGCCAGGUCAUACAUUCUCAAAGGGCACGUCCAUGUUUAAAAGUAUCAGAGUCCAAAGAAAUUGAGUCUGAAAUGGAGUGUGAUAAUGAAGUUCUAUCUGAUUCUGAGGAGGAAGGCAUUGAAUGUGACACCACCAACAUGGAAAUCACAGAGGAGUUACGAGAGUACUUUGCUGAGACAGAAAGGCACAGGGAGGAGUUGCGAAAGCAACAGCAGCUUGAGGCAGAAAACCAUGAACAGUAUAUAGCAGCCGAUCAUGACCUGCACAUAGCCACAAGAACAUCAACCGAAGCACCCUCAGAAAGACCUGGGGAAAGGCGUAGAGCAGAAAUGAAGAAAUUGUAUGGUGAAGAUGCCCCAAAAAUCCUAGGGAUGGAGACCGCCAUGCAGCUUAACUUUGACAGACACUGUGAUAAAAAGCAACCCAAGUACUGGCCCAUCAUCCCACUGAAGUUAUGAGCCAUUUACAAGAACAUGAAAUUCUGUACAAUGUAAUGAUCAUGUAAUUCGCCACAGCCAUGUCAGCUAGUGAUAGAAAUGAUGUUUAUGUAACUUAUUGAGGUUAUUUUGAAGCUAUAAACAUUUUAACCACUGUAGGAUUCUUAUGUCAAUAAAUAGAGACUGGAAAUUGCCUUAUGCAGCAUUCCAUCUUUGCAGAUCAUUACCAUUUCUGUUGAUUAAAGAGUUUACAUGUAAAUUUAUAAUAGCAAAAAAUUUACAGCAUUCAUGGGUCUUGUAACAGUACUGCAAAUGAGUUAUUAUUUCAGACUGCAGAAUGUCUCAGUACGUGACUAAAAUGUUGAAAAUAAAAUCCAUAAGACAAGAACUGUCUGUAUUUCAUAUUAUACUAUCACCCAGGCAGUUAUUUGGUGUUAAAGAAUGGCAUUCUGUUUACUUGUAAAUAUAUAAGAAGUGUAACUUUGUUUUUUAAACAAAUUAAAGGGACUACU